AUGUCUGCGCGGAAUUUUGCAGCAUUGACCAUGGCUGUUGUCGUGGGUGUCGCAAGUGGUGCAUAUACUUUCGGACCGCUCCUUAAAGAACAGCAAAAAUCGCAAGAGUUUUGGCAACACCCUGGCCCUACGGGAACAAGCAAUGCUUCCCAGGGUGAAGAUAUGGUAGCCCAGGAUCAGAACAGCGGGCAGUCGGCUCGUCCAGAACAGCAAAAGUGAAAGGUCUGCAAAAUUGAAGAGACAGAGAUACCCUCAAUACCGCUCAGUAGCACCUGCAUGCACGAACGACCCGAGGGGCACGAAAGAGCAGAGACAUUCGGAUAGCCCUUCCGCACAUGGCCAGGGACGGAAUCCUCAACAAGAGAUGCCACCCAUGGUUGGACCAUGUACAUCGGAAGCCUUCAGCUAGUGGUUCUCGACGAUAGUCUGUCUAUAUGCAGGUACGAAUCUGUCGAACAUUGUAUCAUAAUUCAUGUCCCAAAGUAGGGGGGACCUCAGUAGCUAGAACACUAUUAUACAGAGCGGUUC